UGUACAGCUUUAGUGAGGACUUUGCUAUGGGGCUGUGAAGUGUGAUCAAGCAGCUUCCUCCCGUGCUCCCAGUUCUGUCUUACAUAUUCUGUUCCUGACUCUGCUGAUUAGCACAUAUUAAAGUUUUAGCAUCUGUUCCUGGAAUUUCCUCCUUGCUUCAGGUUUUUGUCUUUAUAAAGAUGAAUGAAGCACCCCAAACCCAUUCUACCCUAAAUGUGAAUUCCCAGCAGAAGAACAAAACAAAGAACAAUAUUAGGAGUUCACUUCAUUCAAAUGAAUUGUCAUCAAUUGAGCAGAGGCAAAAAUACCAGAAACAUCUUAAGAAGCACAAAAACACAGCAGAAGACAUCACUGGUGAAGGGAAUUACUCACCUUCUCGGUGGAGGCUCAUCUCGAGUGUGCUUGGGGCCCUGUGCCUUCUCCUAAUGGCUGGAACCAUAAUGAUGACCGUCUUCACCACAAACUUAUCUUCUGAAAGAUCAUCUUCUAUUAUUCAGCCAGAAAGAUUCCAUCAUCCCUGUCCAGAGAACUGGGUCUGGUUCAGGUGUAGCUGUUAUUACUUCUCCAAGGAAGAGGUUAUUUGGAGAGAGAGUCAGCGUGCCUGCUUGUCUCUCAACUCUAGUCUCAUAAGGAUGAACAAAGAGGAGAUGAAUUUUUUCUCUUUGAAGACUUUCUUUUGGGUUGGAGUCUACUAUAACGAAACUUGCAGACAAUGGCUGUGGGGAGACCACUCGGUUCUACCCUCUGGGAUGUUUUCUAAUCUUGAAGCCAAUAUGAAAAACUUCUGUGUAUCUUAUAAAUCAAAAGAAGUUUAUAUGGGAGAAAACUGUGGAAACAAACUGAAGUAUAUUUGCAAGAAAUAGCAUAUUUAAUUCUAUGAGUUCAUAAAAGAUAUGAAAAUUAAACAUUUUUAUUUUUCCUGGGGUGCUUAUUUUAUGAAGAAAGUGUAGCAAAUGUUUGCCUUUUCUUAAAUAAAACUGUAUUCAAAUAUA